CCUCUAAAGUAAGAGAUGAUCAUUCCACUUUGAAAGUUUCCUAUCACAAUGAAAGGAGGUCAGAAAAUAGUUUUCAUAUUUGUGAAUAUAAUUGCAUUUUGCAAUGGAUCAUCAGAAGAAUGCAAACCUAAAGUUGCUGUAAUCGGAGGAGGAAUUGGCGGUGCUUCAGCCGCUCAUUUCAUCAGCGAGUUAUUUGAGAAUGUUGUCGACAUUGACUUAUUCGAAGCCAAUAAGAUAGGUGGACGAUUAGCGACGGUGACACUGCAAGAUGAUCAAUUUGAAGCCGGAGGAUCUGUCAUUCAUAAUCGGAAUCAACUGAUGAAACGUUUCGCAGAACUUUUAGGAUUGCAACCAAGACCCAGCUCUACUAACGAACUCUAUGGCAUAUGGAAUGGGGACGAAUUUAUUUUCCAAGAGAGCAAUUAUGAAAUGAUUACUCUAGCGAAAUUAAUUUAUCGUUACGGCAUGGAUCCAGUGUAUCUCUACAGAUUCGUCAAUUCCGUCUUAGAUGACUUUGAUAAAAUAUAUGAACUUCAAGAUAAUGGACGUGGAUUUCGAAAUGUAACCGACCUACUAGCGGCCAUGAAUCCUAGGUUUCCGAGCAUGCUGCAAGUAUCGAUGAAAGAUCACUUGAAAAAUCUGGGAUAUUCAGCUCGACUUAUUGAUGAAUUAGUGCAAGCAACCCUGGUGGUCAAUUAUGGCCAAGAAACUGAUGUUCAGAGUUUCGUCGGGUGUGUGUCUGUCGCGGGAGUAGGAUCCUCUCUGUGGUCUGUUAAAGGCGGAAACAAGGGGGUGGUUGAAGGACUCAUUAACAGGCAUAAACACAUACGGACGAGGCCUUAUGUAGUUGAGAAGGUCAGUUAUAAUCAGAAGUAUGACUGGUCUAAUGGAAUGUUAUCAUCUGAGGAUUAUCCGUAUACUCUCACGUAUAAAGCGAAAGAAGAACCCCAUGUACAGACGGACAAAUAUGAUAUAGUAAUCGUCACAACGCCUCUGACAUCCGAUCAGCGCAUGCCCAUCCGCUUUGAAAAUUUUCCGAAUAAUGAGGAUUUCAUGCUCUCGGGAAAUUACCAGACAACAUACGCCACUUUCAUUGAAGGCCAAUUGAAUGCCACAUAUUUUGGUCUCGAUGGAUCUAUCCAAGGGAUUUUAAGCUGCAACCCUGAAAAAACGGUCAUAAGUUCCGUGGGAAAAUUGAGUUCGGUUGAAGGCCACGAAUCUAAUGUUUGGAAGAUAUUUACGCGGAAAUCAUUGAGCUCAGAAAUAAUAGGAAGAAUGUUUUCCAAGGUCAAUGAGAAGUCUGGUCCAAUUGAACAUGAAUGGAAGGCUUAUCCAAAAUAUUCUAUAAACGACAAACCAGGAGACUUCAAGCUACAUAACGCUUUAUAUCAUGAGAAUGCUAUAGAAUGGGCUGCUAGCGCCAUGGAAAUGAGCGCAAUCGGAGGAAGAAAUGUUGCAAUUUUGGCAUACAAUGAUUACAUGGAUCAUUGUAAAAGAUUGAAGGGAUUUGGAUCGAAAAAACGGAAAUUAAAUUUCAAGAUUGAAUUAUAGAGA